UCCUUUGUGAAACCGGCUAUAUAUAUUUGUCAGCCCUAAUUUGGUUACAUCGGAAAACCGAAGAACGAAAGUGAAAACUUGAGAUCGAAGAAAGCACCGAUCAGUUCACACCAUGAUUAAUUGAAGAAUACCCACCUUCUUCAACCCUUUUUAGAACAAGGAACCUCAAGGCAGUGACCAUGUCUUCAUCAUACCUCCCAGCAACUACUGAAUCACUCGAUCAGGCUCAAGAAGCAAAAAAGCCAUCGGACGCAAUCUCCAUCCUAUACCGCAUACUUGAGAAUCCUUCUUCUUCUGCUGAAGCACUGCGGAUAAAAGAAAAGGCCAUCUCGAAUCUUGCAGACCUUCUCAGAGAUGAGAACAGGGCGGAGGAACUCAGAAGCCUCCUGACCCAACUAAGGCCUUUCUUUUCCUUGAUCCCCAAGGCAAAAACCGCCAAAAUCGUCCGAAGCAUAAUCGAUGCGGUAGCAAAGAUACCCAACACGUCAGAUCUCCAGAUCUCUCUUUGCAAAGAGAUGGUGCAGUGGACCCGCACGGAGAAGCGGACGUUUCUCCGUCAGAGAGUGGAGGCGAGGCUUGCCUCUCUUUUGAUGGAGAGCAAGGAAUAUUCAGAGGCGCUAGCCCUUCUCUCUAGCUUAAUCAAGGAAGUGAGAAGAUUAGAUGACAAGCUACUCCUCGUGGACAUAGAAUUAUUGGAGAGUAAGCUCCAUUUUUCUCUAAGAAACCUUCCUAAAGCCAAGGCGGCUCUAACUGCUGCUAGAACUGCAGCCAAUGCUAUUUACGUGCCGCCAGAUCAGCAGGGAACAAUAGAUUUACAGAGCGGAAUUCUUCACGCGGAAGAAAAGGACUAUAAAACUGCUUACAGCUAUUUCUAUGAAGCAUUUGAAGGUUUUAAUGCUCUUGAAGAUCCUAGGGCCGUAUACAGUCUCAAAUAUAUGUUAUUGUGCAAAAUCAUGGUGAGUCAAGCUGAUGAUGUGGCAGGGAUAUUAUCCUCCACGAAGGUGGGUUUGCAGUACCAGGGUCCGGAAGUCGAUGCAAUGAAGGCCGUGGCCCACGCCCAUGCUCAACGGUCUCUGAGGCUGUUCGAGACUGCGCUUAGGGAUUUCAAGGCACAGCUGGAGGAGGACCCAAUUGUGCAUCGCCACCUGUCGUCCCUUUAUGAUACGCUGCUGGAGCAGAACCUUUGCAGGUUGAUUGAGCCAUUUUCUAGGGUGGAGAUUGCGCAUAUUGCUGAGCUGAUUGAACUGCCAGUGGACCAUGUGGAGAAGAAGUUGUCUCAGAUGAUCCUUGAUAAGAAGUUUGCCGGGACCUUAGAUCAAGGUGCUGGAUGCCUCAUCAUCUUUGAUGAUCCCAAGACAGAUGCUAUCUACCCCGCGACACUGGAGACUAUUUCAAAUAUUGGUAAGGUCGUGGAUAGCCUUUAUGUUAGAUCUGCGAAGAUAAUGGCAUAAGGUUCAAGCUAAUAGCUGCCAUUUCUAUGACUUGUUUGUUUGGUGCGAUAUCUUUUAUAUUCUUGAUGGAAGCACUUGUACUUUGUUUUCUGGGGAUUGAUUCAAUUAUUUAGAACUAAGAUGUUGAACAACUAAUUUAUCUUUGAUGUGCUUUUCGAACUAAGAUGCUUUAGUGCGGAUUUAUCUUUGAUGAGCUUAUAAACCAUUGACUGAUGGGUGGUUCAUUUCUCAA